CUCACUCACUCACUCACUCACACUCACUGACUGCGCAGGAUGGCUCCUUCUAACACUAGCAUGGUGCAGACUGCUGCCAAUGAGCUCAGCUCACAGGGACUGAGGAAGCUGAGAAAGCCAGUGAUUGAGAAGAUGAGGAGAGAUCGCAUUAACAGCAGCAUUGAGCAGCUCAGAACUUUACUGGAGAAAGAGUUUCACAAACAUCAACUUCCAUCCAAACCAGAGAAAGCUGAUAUUCUGGAGAUGACAGUGACCAUCCUGCAGCAGCACCUGGCUGGGAAAUCUGCUCCAUCAUCCAGCCAGAGCUACAGAGAAGGUUACUCCAGAUGCCUCCAGGAGUCUGAGCGCUUCUUCUCCCUGAACAAACAGACAGAGGUCCAGGUGAAGCUUCUGCAGAACAUCCAUGGGUCACAAGCUGUGGCAGAGAGGGGCUUCACUUCUGGAUCUGUUUUGUACUCAACACCAAGCAAAGCAAUUGCUACAGAGACCACAAAGGCUGUCUGGAGACCCUGGUAGUCACUCUAUGGACACUGGACCAUUUUUCUUUUGCACAGAGGACAAUGUAGUCAUGCAGGCCUUUGGGUUUGUGUGCUUUAUACGAGAUGGACAAUUUGAAGUCCUAAUCUGGCUUUGCCAAUGACUAUGCUUUACCAUGUGAUGAUAGAGUAAGCAUGUUAGUAAUGCUCUUAUCCUUGUGUGUUUUAUAUUAAAACAUCAGCCCAGACAUAAAAGAGAUACUGGGGCCUUAUAUGAAAUGAAGGCUGGCAUGAGGUCAGGUAGAUGUUCUAGGCUAUCCUAUUCCAUGUCAGAAUGUUGGCUGUCAGAGCGGUAUGAGAUAUUUGUAACCUUCAGUGAAGGGAUACAUUUUAUAGUAUAAAUAAUGUCAAUAUGUGGUUACAGUUGAUUAUUUAACACUUUUGCCACCUUAAGUUACUGUCCCAGGGGUAAUAAGAGGCUGUCAAAUAUUAUAAUGAAGGCUCAGUGGCCUUGAGAUAUAGAUUUUGUUGUAUAUUACAGCAGUUGUAUCCUCGGUGAGGAUUACUAUUAUCAUUCUUUUCAUUAUAUGGAUACCUGUGCAGUAACAUGGAUUAUUACAUGAACGGUGGUGAUUGGUUGUAUUUGACAUUUGAUUUCUAAAUGUUCUUUAAAUUGUUUUCCAUUGUAUGGACCAGAGAUAAUGUUAUAUUUUCUGGAUCUGCAAUAUUUGCAGGGAUUAUCAGUAAAGUUUGCAACAUGCAACUUGAUAUUAUCUUUUUUUUAUAUAAAAAAUGUAUUUAUAAUAAUUAUAUUUUUAUGUGUUCAUAUCUUUGAAUAUCAAAUGAAAUGUUAUCAAUAAAAUAAUUUGAGUGAAAUUAAA